CAGCAAUCCGUGUAAUUAAAAUAGUUUGUCUCAAGCGCGAACAAAUACACUCAGAGGGCUGUUUUUGUCUAUUUCGCUGCCAAGACAACAAACCCCUCGCUGAUAAACAACAGCCGAAAUUCAAACAGGAUUGUCCAGCGAAGUACCUGUCCAAUCCGAGCCUCAUCACUACCCAGUGUCACUCCGCGUGACGACUUAGCACCUGGGAUUUUCCCAAACUGCAUUUCUCAAUCUGUUUUAAUCCUUCUUGCCUGUCAAUCAGUGAUCAUUAACAGUCUAACUGGACUUGGGAGCGAAGCGGACUGUUAAUUACCUGAGGGUGAUCGCGAUUUACCUGGGAUAUCCCUCCGCCAACAGAGGUCACGGACAGGUGUGCAACGGUGGUGUGCAACAAGGAAGAGAGUCGUAUGCGGCGUUUCGAAAGUUAAAUAUUCGUGAUAUUGCCGUGACAUAUGCCGAAAUGGCGUCUUGGAUAUGUUUAAGUGUUUGCAUAAUUACAGCGUUCGUUUUGGAACCAGCCACAGGGGCAAGGCUGACCACAUCACCGACACAAAUAACUAUUGGGGGAAGUAACCCAACAUCUGAGUUGACUGUAAGUUGUACUCCAGAUGCAAAUGGGAUAACAGAACUGUAUAGCAUAGAGAUUGGCAGGAAACCUUCUACUGGUGAUAAUCAGCCUAUAAUAAGAAUGAGCAACACAGGUUCGUCAGUAACAGUAGUGGACACAAGUCUACAGCAGCGGAUAAGUACCUCCGGUUCUAUCACUGGAGCAACAGGAAACAUACAGUUCAUCCUGACAGAUCUGAGAUGCACUGAUGCUGCUUCUACAUACUAUUGCUCCACCCUAUACUUGGCAGGAUCCAUUGGAAGUGAUGAGACACCCACCAACAUCACAGCUAUAACUUACCCGGAACAGAUAGAGAUGUUCCCUACUCCCGACAGGGCCACUUAUGACAAUGGUCAGCUGAUCUCAUUCAGGUGUACAGGCAGGAUGGGGAACCAGUUUGAUGUGAACAAUCUCCAGAGCCUGUGGACAUGGGAGUGGCGAUCUAUAGACAACGAGUUUGCCUCCUGGACACGAUAUCCAAACGACCAAAACAUCACCUAUGAGACUCCUACUCCCGUGUCUGUGUCAGGGGGGUGCCAGUAUAACGGGGCGUCAACACUGCUUCAUACAGUCUCGAAUCUAGACAAUGGGAGACAGUUCAGGUGUUCUGUCAUUAAUGAAGACUACAGUACCAACAAGACAGUUUUUCUUGUUGGACAAGCACCCAUAACUUCUGCUCCUGGUUCAAAUACUGGCGAAGCUGGAGUGGAUGGUGGCAUGAUUGCCGGUAUUGUCGUGGCUAUCCUGGUUGUCAUCGUCAUUGUCGUCGUUGUCAUCGUCGUCAUUCGCAAGAAAAAAAGUGGUGGCGAGCAUUAUGAGACAAAGGAAGAAGAUGGAAGAGAUGAAAGGCCGGAAAUGACCCCCAAUGUUGUGUACAGCACCCCGGCCAGCUAUGACCAACGGAAGCCUGUGUAUCAUAAUCGUAAAUCUCCAAACCGGAUGAAGGGCCGUGAGAACAACGCCAUGGAUGGGGAACAGGAGGGAAGCCCUCCCAACUACUACAACCACCGUGGCCAAACGAACCCCGCCAUGGAUGACGACCUGGACGACAGCAGAGCCAGCCGACGCAGCUACGACGACGACAACACUGACGCCAGACGGCCUCCACAGGGAUACGGAUCAGCCGUUUAGGAAGCUGCAGCAACUACAUCAUAAUUUACCUACAGCAGCAUCCAUUCCAUGACCUACACAGAGCAGAUCAUAUUCUGUAUUCUCAAAAUUAACGUUGGCAUGAGUGUUUACGUUUUAGAAAAUUUGAAAUUUUGAAAUUUACUCUGUUAGUAAAAUACAAUGCAUCUCACAAUGAAGGGACUGGGAGAAACCGUUUAUCGUAACAUUUUGGAAUUGCAGUAAUGUGACAAAAUAAUGUGUCAUUCACAAAUUAUGGACAAAUCAUGCCCAUGUAAUGAUUAUUUGAACUCAAUUUUUCAAUAAUCAACAGGGGGCACAGGUGGCCCAGUCGUCUAAGGCGCCGCGAUUCGCUGUGCAGAGUUGCGUCCCUUGGGCACGCCAGAAACCUAUGAUUGUGGAUUCGAAUCCCGGUUCGCCCCGAUUAUGUUUCUAGGUUUGUCAGCACCAUACCGUGCUCGUGGGUUUCACGGAAGUGGUAAAUGUCUGAGACCUGCAUCACUUGGGGCUUUCCUCUCAUAUUGUGCUGAUAUGUCGUGAUGUAACUGGAAUACUGUUUCAAAGCGCCAUUAAAUCCAAUAUUAACAAAUCACAUUUUUUGUGAAAGUGAGACAAUAUUCACGCAAGCCUACAUUUAGUUUCACAGUGAACAACUUGGUUGGUCUUGAUAUGCUAUCGUAGUGAAAAUAGUAUCUUUUUGUAAAUUUCUAUUUGCAAAUGCAUAACUGAUCUUUGUAAAAGGUGCGUAUCCGUCCAAAUUCUUUUGCCACUAGACAGCUGACAGAUAUGAAACUAUUUUUGGUAGUUUGAAUGUAGAAAUUUGGCUUCAUGUGGUGCCACCAAUAACAGAUAGUUGUGCAACCGAAAACAGUUGUGCAACCGAUAAGUUUGUUGUGAAACCAAUAACAGUUAGUUGUGAAACCAAUAACAGUUAGUUGUGAAAUCAAUAACAGUUAGUUGUGAAACCAAUAACGGUUGUGAAACCAAUAACAGUUAGCUGUGCAACAUUGGAAUGGCAGCAGACUACAAGCAGAUUUUAUCAAAAGUGGUUCUAGUAGAAAUUUAAUUAUGUGGAAGAAAAAAUGCAUGGUUCUUUCUUCUGCAUUAAUUGAGUAUAUAAUCUUCAGGUGGAAUAUAGCUGCAGGAGGCUCUAUAUUGGUGGCACAGUCUGUGCCAAGCUCUUUUGGGACUACUAUCUUGAAAAGACUCUAAGCAAUAUUGUCAGCAGAGCAUUGUGUUAUUGUAUAGACAAGUUUACUAAACCAAACAGAAGUUACUUGACUCGGGCUUCGGACCAGUGGAUAAAGUCACAGACUGAUAACAUUUGAACGACCAACAUGUUGUGCUGAGUGUUCCUGUGACAGACCAACAUGUUGUGCUGGAAGUUGGGAGCCUGAUACAGGAGGAUGAACAAAGAUUGACAAAAUUUGUAUCCAUUUAAGUAAGAUUUUGCAAUGAUACCUUCAGGUAAAUAUAUAUACAACAUGUUCAAAUUCGGAACUGAAGUAAAAAAUGUAACGGGUCACGGAUGAAUGGGUUCAGUGGAUACAGACACAAUUUAACAAGAAUUAGAUCAAUAUGUCUUAGGCAUUAUUUGUAUGUUGGCGAUGUAGAUGGGCUGGCAAAUGUCACUGCCGGUUCCAUUGUCCUGAUUUGUAGGUCGUGAUUAGUGGUCACAUGGUCCUGAUUGGUGGUCCCGAUUGGUGGUCCCUCAGUCUGGAUUGGUGAUCCAAAGGUCCCAUUGGGCCAACAGUCCCGAUUGGUGGUCCAGAUUGGCAGUCACAUGGUCCCGAUUGGUGGUCCCUCAGUCUGGAUUGGUGAUCCAAAGGUCCCAUUGGACCAACAGUCCUGAUUGGUGGUCCAGAUUGGCAGUCACAUGGUCCCGAUUGGUGGUCCCUCAGUCUGGAUUGGUGAUCCAAAGGUCCCAUUGGGCCAACAGUCCCGAUUGGUGGUCCAGAUUGGCGGUCACAUGGUCCCGAUUGGUGGUCCCUCAGUCUGGAUUGGUGAUCCAAAGGUCCCAUUGGGCCAACAGUCCCGAUUGGUGGUCCAGAUUGGCAGUCACAUGGUCCCGAUUGGUGGUCCCUCAGUCUGGAUUGGUGAUCCAAAGGUCCCAUUGGACCAACAGUCCUGAUUGGUGGUCCAGAUUGGCAGUCACAUGGUCCCGAUUGGUGGUCCCUCAGUCUGGAUUGGUGAUCCAAAGGUCCCAUUGGG